AUGGCCACUCGAACGUUGGAGUCGCGUUUUGAGCGCAUGUCUGUGAAUGAUGAGAACGACCCAUGCGAUGGCUCCAAGCUUUACUCCAAGGCUCAGUCCAUGGUCAAGACAUCACAGCUGGCACACAGUUCGAGCAGACCGAACCUCAUUAAGGUCGCGCUGCAGUCCCAGAGCACCAACUCCGUCGCCUCGGUAAAACUGCCCUCGCAGUCCGUACAACGCGAGGCGAAGAACCCUGCAACACCGGCAAGAAAGGCUCUCCCAUCCGGCUCCUCGAGGGCCUCCGAAGAGAUCGUUGAAGUGGACCACAAGUCUGUCUCUAUCGUCGUCGAGCCUGCACCCCCGAAAAUUUUCCAUCUAGGCAUGUUUGAAAUCGGCCGACCCCUCGGUAAGGGCAAGUUUGGUCGUGUCUACCUUGCCCGCGAGCGCACGAGCGGUUUCAUCUGCGCCCUCAAGGUCCUGCACAAGAACGAGCUGCAGCAGGGCCGCGUCGAAAAGCAGGUCCGCCGUGAGAUCGAGAUCCAGAGCAACCUGCGCCACCCCAACAUCCUGCAGCUGUACGGCCACUUUCACGACAGCAAGCGUGUGUUCCUGAUUCUCGAGUUCGCCGGCAAGGGUGAAUUGUACAAGCACCUCCGGAAGGAGAGCCGCUUCCCCGAGUGGAAGUCGGCGCAGUACAUUGCCCAGAUGGCCUCAGCGCUGCGCUACCUGCACCGCAAGCACGUAAUCCAUCGUGACAUCAAGCCUGAGAAUAUCCUCAUGGGCAUUCACGGUGAGAUCAAGAUCUCGGAUUUCGGCUGGAGUGUCCACGCUCCUAACAACCGCCGCAACACCAUGUGCGGUACUCUUGACUACCUGCCGCCUGAGAUGAUCAAGCCCGGCAGCUCAGACAACUACUACAAUGAGAAGGUCGAUCUCUGGAGCUUAGGUGUUCUGACGUACGAGUUCCUCGUUGGCGAGGCACCUUUUGAGGACACACCCGUCAUGACGCAGAGGAGAAUUGCUCGGGCUGACAUGACGGUGCCCUCGUUUGUCAGUCCCGAGGCCAAGGACCUGAUUAAGAAGUUGCUUGUCCUUGACCCCGAGAAGAGAAUACCCCUGGAGCAAGUCCAAACCCACCCGUGGAUCGUAAAGCAUUGUGUAAAGGGCGAGAGAGCCGCCAACCGCGAGAAGAGCUACUAA